AUGGUUCAGGAACCAAGUCUUGGCGACCCCGGACAGAUAGAAGGCAACGUUAUUCAGCUUGCUGUUGUCAUCCCGCCUGUUGUGACGGCAGACGCGGUCGAAUUCGUCGAGCCAAUCAUCAAUAUCCUGGCCGUCGAUGCCGUUGAAUGUGGGCGGGUCACGUUGCCGGAGUACUGGUGCGGGAUAGUCGACGCAGUCGCUUGUCCUCCCGAGGCAGAACCGUUGCCGGCUGCGGAUGGGGGCGUGAAGCCAUACAAGUGCGAUGUCUGCCUUGCAGAGUUCAGCAAGAAGUGGAACCUACAGCACCACAAGCAGACGAACACAGGUGAGAAGCCAUACAAGUGCGAUGUCUGCCUUGCGGAGUUCAGCAAGAAGGGGAACCUUCAGCACCACAAGCGGACGCACACAGGUGAGAAGCCAUACAAAUGUGAUGUCUGCCUUGCAGAGUUCAGCAAGAAGUGGAACCUACAGCACCACAAGCGGACGCACACAGGUGAGAAGCCAUACAAAUGUGAUGUCUGCCUUGCAGAGUUCAGCAAGAAGUGGAACCUACAGCACCACAAGCGGACGCACACAGGUGAGAAGCCAUACAAGUGCGAUUUCUGCCCUGCAGAGUUCAGACGGAGCCAGGCCCUACUGCAUCACAAGCGGACACACACGGGUGAGAAGCAGUACAAGUGCAAGGUCUGUGCUGCAGCCGGCAUUGCCACCUACAGAAUCACAAAGUUCAGGCAGAGCCAGGCCUUACAGCAGCACAAGCGAACACACACGGGCGAGAAGCCAUACAGGUGUGAUCUCUGUCCUGCAGAAUUCACCCAGAGUGCAGGUGUACAGCGUCAUAAGAGGAUGCACACAGGUGAGAAGCCAUACAAGUGUGAUGUCUGCCCCGCAGAGUUCAGCCGACACGGGUACCUACGGGUUCAUAAGCGGACACACACGGGCGAGAAGCCAUACAAAUGUGAUGUCUGCCUUGCGGAGUUCAGCCAGAAGGGAAACCUACAGCACCACAAGAGGAUGCACACAGGCGAGAAGCUGUACAAAUGUGAUGCCUGCUCCGCAGAGUUCAGAGAGACCAGGUAA